AUGUGCAACGAUCCCUUAACUAUUUCUAGAAUCGCCGGAAUUUUUAAUUCAAAUAUGGUCACGUGCCAUUUAUUCUCAUAUAAAAAUGAUCAAUUUUGUGGUUUCUUAGUAAUCGUAAAUCAUAAAAUGUCUUUAAACACGUCAACUACUUACAACUUUAGUGUUGACUUUAGCCCUACAACUGACGCAGAUGAACUUUUCAUUAAGCACAGCAUUCCCGAGCUUAGGGCUCUCGAGAAGAGAACAAGGUCCGAUAUCGAGAAAAAGAAGCAAGAGUUGCGACUUAUGGUCGG